AUGGGGAGCAAAAGACCCUGUGAAAGGCCAGGAGCCCAGAAACUGCAGCUUUCUUUCGGGAAGAGGCUUUGGGAUGCUUUCCACAAAAGUCCAGAAAUUGCCCCACGACCUGCUCUCAUUGGCCAAUCCUUGCGCAACGACCCGCCCCACUCACUGUCUACCCACGCCUUCACACGUCCAGGCCCCGCCCACAAUCACUAUCCAAUGACCUGUGCUCAUAGGACAGUCCAUGCGUUAAGACCCGCCCACUCAGCCCACUCACUUUCCCCGGUCCCGCCCAUAAGCCACCACAACAUGUGCUCAUUGGCCAGUCUUUGCGCCACAGCCCGCCCACUCAUGGAGGUCUCAGGUUUCCGGCUCUGGAGGCGGGGGGGCGCGCGGACUGCGCACGCGCAGCUUCUCCCAGGCCCGGCGCGGGCUUUUCGAAUCUCCGUUGGCGCUGCUCGCUAUGGAGGACCCCGGAUGCGGCCUGGUGGGGCGACCCGCCCCGCAGGUGAGUCGGACGGGAGCGAGGAAUACAGCCUUCAAGAAAAAAUUGAUUUUGAAAUCCGGAUGCAAGAAGGAAUACGGAAACUCCUUUCUCUGAGCACUCAGAAAGACCAGAUUCUGCGUGGAGUUAAGAAUCUCAUGGUCUGCAACACUCGAAUCAUGACUUAUACAUCAGAGCUACAGAAAUUAGAAGAUCGAAUGGUAAAACAAACUGGAAGAUGUAAUGUGAAUUUUGAAAAUAAAGAAAGAACAGCAUGUAAAGGAAAGAUUGCCAUAUCAGAUAUUCGAAUACCAUUAAUGUGGAAAGACUCUGAUCACUUUAGCAAUAAAGAAGGAUCACAGCGUUAUGCCAUUUUUUGUUUAUUCAAAAUGGGAGCUGAAGUGUUUGACACUGACAUGGUGAUUGUGGAUAAAACAAUCACAGAUAUAUGCUUUGAAAAUGUCACCAUAUUUAAUGAAGCAGGGCCAGACUUCCAGAUAAAGGUAGAGAUUUAUAGCUGCUGCAUGGAAGACUCUUCUAUAACUAACACACCCAGAAAAUUAGCUAAGAAACUUAAGACCUCUAUCAGUAAAGCAACUGGAAAGAAAAUACAUUCGCUGCUUCAAGAAGAUCAUGAACUAUGCUUCUCCUCCACGUCUGCAGUUUCUGGGACAAAGUAUAAUUUGCUAGCUUUUACUACCCUGACCUUGGAAAAUGCUGAGGCUAGUUUCAAGACCCAUAAUCUGUCUAUUAAUGGAAAUGAAGAGUCUUCAUUUUGGCUUCCCUUAUAUGGCAAUAUGUGCUGUCGUUUAAUCGCCCAGCCAGCUUGUAUGGCUGAGGAUGCAUUUGCAGGAUUUCUUAAUCAGCAGCAAUUGGUAGAAGGUCUGAUUACUUGGAGAAAAUUGUAUUGUGUUUUGAGAGGGGGAAAACUUGAUUGUUUUUACACUCCAGAAGAAAUUGAAGCUAAAGUAGAUCCAACUUUGAUAGUUUGCAUUAACAAGGAAACCAGAAUUCGGGCAAUGGAGAAAGAUGCCAAGAAAAUUCAUAAUUUCUCUGUCAUCAACCCUGGUCCUAGACAGGCUGUUACUCAUAUUUUUGCAGUUGAUAAUAAAGAAGAUCUUCAGAAAUGGAUGGAAGCCUUCUGGCAGCAUUUCUUUGAUCUAAGCCAAUGGAAGCAUUGUUGUGAAGAACUUAUGAAAAUUGAGAUUAUGUCACCACGGAAACCACCUUUGUUCUUGACAAAAGAGGCGACUUCAGUAUACCAUGAUAUGAGCAUUGAUUCACCUGUGCAACUUGAAAGUAUAACUGAUAUAAUACAAAAAAAAAUUGAAGAGACCAAUGGACAGUUUCUUAUUGGUCAGCAUGAAGACUCCUCGCCACCUCCUUGGACUGCACUCUUUGAGGGUCAUCACCAAGUAGUAGUCCAGAAAAAAGUAUUAUCUCCUGCCAGUGAGCAAUUACAUGAUGGGAAAAGGAAAAAGAGACGUGCUCCCCUUCCUCCUUCUGAUAAACCACCUUUCACUUUAAAAACACAGAGCAAUAUGGAUCAAUUGGUUAAAGACAGCUGGGAAAAAACAAGUGUAUCUCAGACCUCGCUUUCCGAUACCAAAUUAUCAACCCUAAGGCAUCACUUCCAGAAACCAAUGAGUGCUCCUCGAAAAGUUCUUCCUGCCAGGAAAAAUAGUUUCAAUGAUGGUGAACACACAGACACUAAAACCAGUUUUGAAGGCAAGCCAGUGCCAGCUCCCAGGCAGAGAUCUAUCAGAGGCAUUUUAGACCCUAGAUCAUGGUUGCAGGCACAAGUAUAA